AUGACAGCCUCGCAUACCCCAAUCUCCACAACGAGAGAUCGGAAACGUCGCGAACAAAAGCCCCGCGUUCUGUUGUCAUGCACGUCAUGCAGGGAGAAAAAAUGCAGUCGGGAACGCCCCUGCACAAACUGUCGGAAACGAGGUCAGGAUGCAGCCUGUCAAUACAAUACCGAGCGUUCGAACCCCCGGGCAUCGGGGAAGCCAGAACCUAUUGACGUCCAAAAUGACUUGCAAUUUUUAAAGGAAAGAUUGCUCUUCUUAGAAAGGCAAGUCACGCGGGAUUGCAACUCUUCUUCCACGUCUCGGGAUGAUAGGCUUGAUGUUGGCGAAAGUCCCAGCAGAAAUUCUAGCGAAAGUGAGGUAGCUUCGACGGGAUCACAAGUUCCCACAGGAAGAAGUUCCUUAACUGUUUGCUUCCUAGCUGGGGAAGCAAUCAUGAAUGAUGCGAAGCUCAAUCGAAAAGAUUGCAACGAUAAUGAUGGCCAAGACACUGAUAGGAUCUCCCGGCCGGAAGGCCCAGUCCUGCUACUGGGAAUUUCACAGAUGAUGGACAUGGCAGAGCUUUUAAAUGCACUACCGCCUCGCGAAACUGCAGAUCUGCUCGUCGAUCGCUGUCUUCCACAGUACCGGAGAUUCUGGGAUAACCCCGCCGGAGCACCGGUCGCUUGGAUCGCACUAUUGUAUUCAACCCUCUCUUGUGGGAUAUACAUCCAGCAUACGGGAGAUCCGAAAGUGUCCUCACUAGACUUGCCUAGAGCAUUCUAUGUGUACCGUAAUAAUGGUGCAGUUGCGUUGGCGAAGUCAAAUUUCGCUACUCCGGGCCUUUAUAAAGUUGAAGCAUCCAUCUUAUACCUCGGCAUCGAGUAUCUCCAAAGUAACGACCAGAAAACAGGACUCCCAAUGUUACUCAGCAUUGUGUCGCGACUAGCAAUAAUGAUGGGAUAUCAUCGGGAUCCUCAGCUCUACUAUCUCCAGAUAUCGAGUUUUGAAGCAGAAAUGCGGCGCAGAGCAUGGCUUGUAUUGAUCACAAUCGACUCCGUACUCGCAUGGCAUACAGGUCUACCCCGGGUUAUUAGCCAGAGUCUAGGCGAUGUGAGGCGCCCCAGAAACCUUCUGGAUAGCGAUUUUGGCCCGGAAACUACUUUCCUUCCGCCUUCGCGCCCCGCAGAUGAGGUGGCCAGCAACAUUGUAUACAUGUCGGCAAUGGAGCAGAUGUUGUCUGUUGCCAACGAAGUCGGCGACAAGGCUUCACAUCCUUCCCUACUCCCCGAAAGAACUCUUGAAUUCAAUAUGAAACUGGAAAAUACCAAAAGUCGCUUGCCCAGCAUACUUCAUUUGCAGUCUCCAGAGAUACGGGCAUCAGAUGACGAGACUGUGAUCAAACAAUACUGUUUGGAAAUAACGUACCAGCGCGCGCGAUGCAUCUUACAUCGCCAUUACUUGACGGCCCUUUAUCCAGAGCCUCAUAAGGGACUAAGGUCUGUGUGCGUGGAUGCAGCUCGGCAGGUUCUAACUCUCUACUCUGAACUAUUCCAAGUUCUGGCUAAAACACAUAAUCAGCAGCUAGCGUGGUUCGGGGCGUCUCGCUCAAAUUCCGAUUGCUUGACAGCUGCCAUGGUAAUAUCUUUGGAGGUGAUAACACAAUCGAAAAAUGGCAGAACUGUGGGAAUUACGCCCCAGGCUGAUCUCAUUGAGCUAUUGAAGGCCUCCCAAAUAUCCUGGAGGAGCUCACCAAGGCCAUCAUCGGAGACCCUCAAAGCUGCAGGUAUAAUUGGUACAAUGCUAGAUCUAUUGGGAUAUGGCGGGGCGGGUCCAUUGCUUGCCUCAUAUGGGGCUCAAGAAGGGCAGCAGAAUCAUAGAGAAAGCACAGUGACAUUCUUACGAUCCCCAAGUAUGAUGCAUGACAUACUGACGGGGGAUUCUGCGUUGGAAAUGUUUGACUGGGUAAGGUGUGCUGCUCCAUCGCACCUAUUACGCUGA